UAGCUAUGACCAGCCUUCUUGAACUCCGUGCCGUAGCAUUCGAGGUCAGAGAGCGUAGUCCAUCCGCGAGCAAGAGUCUGGCUUCGAUGCCGAUGCUGUUUCUUUAUCUCUGUAGUGCAACCAUCCAUCUUCACGCCGUGUCUCGAAUGCCGUCGAACCAUCAUGUCAGUCUGUUGUGUCCUUCACGAGGUAUCUUACUGCGCAGCCAUGACAGCAUCGAUAGCUUUGCAGACUGCCUUGCUCGUCGAUCAUGCUUGUUCAAGUGGGCGAUUCGUCGUUGGCAUUGCGCAACCGAUGGUUAUCACAUGCUAGGAGGUAGGUAUUGGACAAGCUGCAGCCUGCUACGCGCCACUAUCUCGAGCCCGCACGUCUUGCAUCCGCUUGAUGCGAUGCUGACGAUGGCACUUCACCUCGCUGGUGGUCAGAGGUAAGUGGAAGCGGUGACAGGGCCGUCCAGUCACGAU